UAAUGAAAAUUGUUGAAAUGUUUAUUUGCUUAGAAAGUGAAGUUAUGUCAAUGAGUUGCUUAUAGUUAGUCUGACGCCUCACCAAGUAUCUUAACCUUUUUGUUGAGAUAAAUUGUAACAUAACUUAUGUGAUACAUUUUUAGUUUAGUUUGGGUUGAUUACUGCAACUGUUAUCUGGGUUAAUUACUGCUCAUUUUAUCUCCACUGACAACAUCAAUUGAUGCUAAUUUUUCAUAUGUUUAUUUGUUGCUGUGUGUAGUUGUGUCAAUGAGUUGUUCAUAAAAAAUUCGUGACCUCACUAAGUAGGGCACUUAGCCCAUUAGAUCCCUUUGUAAUUGUUUUAUUAGAUAAAGUAUACGAUAAAUUUUUGUUUUAAACAUUAUUAAAGGUGCUUAGUUUUGAUUUGUUGCACCAACUUUUGUUUCCAACCACGUACCAUUUGAACCGCACAAGAAAAGGAAACCUUAUGUUGUUGCAACCCUUCUCUUUUCGUUGCAUAAUUUGGCUUGAUUACUGCAACUUUUAUCCAUUGAACAAUGUUUAUAAACAUCGAUCACCAAUUUAGGAAGCAUGUCGACAGUAAUGAAGCCGGAAAGCAACACCUCUCUCACCAAGACACGGAGACACAACAGAAUACAAGCCUGCGCCAGAUGUCGUGACCACGGGACGUUACAUAUGUUAAAAGGGCACAAGUCCUCGUGUCCGUGGAAAGAUUGCACGUGCAUCAAGUGCCGGCUGAGCUCAGAGCACAGAAAAGUCAUGGCUGCCCAGGUCGCACUCCGAAGGAAGCAGAGAAAAGUAACCAAGGACCCGCAGAUUUCCCUCGACAGUUCAGGACACCUGACGGAAGACUGUCCGAUGAAUGAUGUCACGAGUAUCCACGACCCGUCCCCCACACACUCUUCACUCGGACUUCUUACUGAGCUCUUCUCCAAUAUGGACAAGAACACGCUCGCUCAGAUCCUGACGAAGCACAACGACGAUGUCCUGGCUACAAUAGAGGAGUGUCUAGACUACACGGAGUCCCGGGACAACAACACUAGUAGCACCACCCCGGCCCCCAUGGAGGAGUGCUCGGUAACAGACUACUCAGACUCUUCCAGAGACAUGAACACUGAUGGCACCUACUGCCCCCAAACAUCACCCCUUGCCCCUCCACCCACCUUCGUUAAGGACACCAGCAUGCCUCGCGCCAUCAGCCCCAACGCUCUGGUUAAGAGUGAGCCAGCCGACCUCCCACCUCAAGAGACAAUGAGUGUGAGCGAACACUCACCCCCAGCCACCCUCACUCCACCCAACAAUGACUUUUCAAUAAGCAACCUGAUCACAAAAACACCUCGAGGGGUAGUGAGUACAGAAACGCCAACCACGCGGACUGUAACAUCAGAUCAGAACAGCCCCAUCAUCUCUCGACUGAUGUGGCCGUUCUGCGACGCGGCUCUGCUACGGACUCUAGUCACGUGUAACAGCUGUAAUUCUAUCAUUCAGCUCGGCGACAAAUUUUGCAGAGUAUGCGGCAUGCCGGCCUUACCUUUUCUCUUGUGAGGGAUAAUCGCCAAGUGUCCUCAAGCACGGGAUGCAGGAGUCAUGCUAGUUCCAAGAUUUCCUUCAGAGAGAGAGAAAUUGAGCGUGUCAGUGUGUGUCAUGCCAUUCUUAAGAUCUAAGGCGAAUAAGAGUUAAGAUAUUUGUCACUGGAAGCUAAGCUUUAAUAAUAGAUCUUAUACAAUAAGUAUUAAUCAAUAUCUUCCUCAAUGGUCAGCAUUUAUGAAGCAUUUAUUGUUACAUUUAUUACAUGUUAUAUUGUGAAGUAACUAUCAAGAACACAAGUGCAAUAUUCUUUUAAACUGGAAAAUUUUAACUUACCGAAAGUUAUUCUAAGUGAAUCUCUUCUCGCAGUAAAACACGGAUAUUCUAUCAGUCCAUUUAUAAAGCUGGUAAUUAUGAAAAAUAAUAUUCAGGGAUUUGAAAUAUCUUAGUCUUCGUAAACUUUAACUACUUAUGUUAUUGCACAUGACCCCUACAGUUACACUGGCCAUUUUUCAACUGAAAACUAUUUUGAAAUGACUUUUUCACAGCGAUGGUGUGUAUGUAAAUAUUACGAUUUAUUUAAUUUAUUUGCAGCUGCCAAUUUAGUAAGCGUUCAGUUGAAUCCUUUAGAAGCAAAUCUCGUUCAACGUUUCGAGACAUUUUCAAACGUAGGACAUUGCAUUUCAGCAUAUUAUUAUUUGACACCUUUGAAUAUGAUCUGGUCAGCAGUAAUUGUACAUGACUAGACAUGUUAUUUGAGUUUGUUUUACGGAUUGAAUUGAUUUUGAUUAAAUUAAAAUGAAGAUAUUAAGAUAUUAGAAAUGUUGAAAGAUAGAUUUUAUUUAAACAGACU